GAGAGAGAGAGAGAAAAAAACUUCUACGGAAAAAGAAAAAAAAGGUCAUCUUCGGCUCACUCUUAAUUCCUUCCCGAAGACGAUCUGUUCCCAGUUUUGUUAAUACACACGCACGUAGACGCCCCACAGGAAGAAACCGCCGAUCCGCCACGGCUGGAUUCAUCUGAGCUCUGGGUUUUAAUCGGAUCGUGGUUUGAAACCUCCACAACUUUUGUGAUUCUCGAGUUUGACGGGCUACUGCAAAAGUAUAUUCGUACACGAUAUAUAUAUCAAGAGGGUAUAAUGGACGAUGGCAUUUCAAGCUUUUGGGGACCUGUGACCUCUACCAUCGAGUGUUGUGAGAAGAACUACGCAUACUCGUCAUAUAUUGCAGAGUUCUUUAACACUAUAUCCAAUGUUCCCGGAGUUCUUUUUGCUUUUAUCGGUCUUUUCAAUGCAUUAAGGCAACGGUUCGAGAAGAGGUUUAGCAUCCUUCAUAUAUCCAAUCUGAUACUUGCUAUUGGCAGCAUGCUCUACCAUGCCACUUUGCAACAUGUGCAACAGCAAAGUGAUGAGACACCCAUGGUUUGGGAGAUACUUCUGUACAUGUACAUCCUUUACUCACCAGAUUGGCAUUACCGAAGCACUAUGCCCACUUUUCUCUUCCUCUACGGCGCUGCAUUUGCCAUAGUCCAUGCCUUUGUCCGGUUUGGCAUCGGCUUCAAGGUCCACUACGUCAUCCUCUGCCUCCUCUGCAUUCCUCGGAUGUACAAAUACUACAUUUACACCGACGAUAUUGCAGCCAAACGCCUUGCAAAGUGGUACGUGUUUACUCUUCUCAUGGGGAGUAUCUGCUGGUUCUGUGACCGUGUUUUCUGCAAGACGAUAUCUCAGUGGCCUGUCAACCCUCAGGGACAUGCUCUGUGGCAUGUCUUCAUGGGUUUCAAUUCUUACUUUGCAAACACAUUCCUGAUGUUCUGUCGUGCCCAGCAACGAGGGUGGAGCCCGAAAGUGAAAUACUUUCUGGGAGUUCUUCCUUAUGUCAAGAUCCAGAAGCCAAAAUCCCAAUGAGGAGAAGAUGGCCAAAGGCAAAACAUAGUUCUUUUUUUUGGCAGGUGAAACACUGAAGUUCAAUACAGACUCUAGAUUUUUUUUUUCUUUUGUGGCUCUUCUGAUAGAGAGUGGUUACUUGCUGAAGCCUGAAAGCUGUUCUUUUUCUUAGUUAUUUGACCAACCCUUUUGAUUUCGAGGAGAAUGUGUACCAUAAAAGUUUUCCAUUCUUCAGGCAUUCUGUUUUCUGUUUC